GGCGACGUGGCCAAGGACCUGGCGCUGCAGCUGCCGCCGAUCCCGGACCGCGGUUUCCGCGUUGUCUCCGAAGGUAGGACGCAGUAUUUCGCUCUGCACGGGCAGACGGGACAUUUAGUGACGGCGGAGAGGAUAGACAGAGAGCAGCUGUGCCGACUGGUGGAGAAAUGCGUGCUGCGCUGUGAGGUGAUCGUGGAGGGGGAAAUGAAGGUGUACGAAGUCGAAGUGGCAAUCACGGACAUUAACGACAACGUCCCCAGCUUCCGGGACAUAGAAACGGAGCUCAGAGUAAGCGAGAUGACAGCCCCGGGCUGGCGGUUUCCCUUGAUCGAGGCUUACGACCCGGACGUGGGAGCAAAUGCCCUGCAGGGCUACAAACUGAGCGGCGACGAGCACUUCUCGCUGGCCGUGCAGGAGGGCCCCGGCGGGGACCAGCGUCCCGAGCUGGUGCUGGCGAAGGCGCUGGACCGGGAGGAGGCGGCGUUUCACGAGCUGGUGCUGAGGGCGAUGGACGGCGGAGAGCCGAGGCGGACGGGCACGGCGCGGAUCCGCGUGUCGGUGCUGGACGCGAACGACAACGCGCCCGUGUUCAGCCAGGCGGAGUACACGGUGCGUGUGCCGGAGGACGUGCCCGUGGGCUCCGUUCUCGUCACUGUUACGGCCAGUGAUCCCGACGAGGGCAUGAACGGACACGUGAAAUAUAGUUUCCAUAAAAUUUCAGACCGUGCGUCGGAACUUUUUCACCUGGAGUCUGAGACAGGAGAAAUAUCUCUAAAGGAAGAUUUGGACUACGAGGAAAUCUCCUCACAUGUACUCGAAGUGCAGGCUCGGGACGGAGGAGAGCUUUUCGAUACGGCGAAACUCUCGAUUGCAGUAACAGACGUAAAUGACAACAUCCCCCAGAUUUCUGUGAGGUCGGUGCUAAGUGAGAUCUCUGAGGACGCCACGCCGGGGACGGUGGUGGCCCUGCUGCACGUGCAGGACAGGGACUCGGGGACCAACGGCGACGUGCGGUGCUCCCUGGACGGCGGCGUUCCGUUCCGGCUGCGGAGCUCGCGGGGCAGUUACUACAGCGUGGUGACUGCACAGGAGCUG